AUGACAUUUUCUGCGCUACCUGGGAUCAGGUGCUUUGUCAAAGCCGAGACUCUUCCGGACGAGAUGGCCGCUGAGCUCACCAAGCAACACGGAAAGUCCCAGUUCCACGUCGCCGAGCCUACCUUGAAGGCUCUCACGGAGACUCUCAACACGUUGAGCACGAGCGUGCACGAGGCGCACAAGCAGGGUACCCAAAUCGAGGACGAGGACAUCGCCGAACUCAUCGCCGAACUCCGCAUCGAACCCGGAAAGCCGCUCCUGGAGGAAGCGGUGAACGCGAUUCAAGGGUGGGCUACCAUCGAGGACGACGAUGAAGUGGUUGAGGCUCUCAGAGAGGAUACGGUGGAAGACAUGACGGCACAGCUGGCUGGGACUCGAGUGUCUACCGGCCGCGAGGAGGAGGACGAGGAGGAGGACAGCGGCGAUGACAACACGGGGCUCGCGCGCCGUGUCCCACCGGCUUAUGGUGAACUGUCGUCUCACUUCGGC